AUGUUGGCCACACAGGGUUUGGCUCUAUCAUUCCUAAGCAAGGGAAGAAGAGUCAGCCUGGCGGCGUUGGAGCAGAUAGCUCAUUGUAUGUAUAGAUCAGCUACUACUGGGUUUUCCGAGAGAAUGAAAUGUGUCGCUGAAGGUUCGAGUAAACCGAGCAAGCUAUAUUACCGGAGCAGCUGCUGGCAACUGAUAAAGCAGCCGGCUAAAGUGAGUGUAUUUUAG